AUGAGUAAAAGUCGAUUUAUCAGUCUAGCGCUGACAAGUGGAUUAAGUAGAUCAUGGUAUAUAUCUGUUGAUAAACCUAGUACGACUGUGACACAAUGUCUUCGAUAUUAUUAUUACUUAACGAACAGUCAGUCCGGUUUGAGCAUAACAGCACGGAUAGUAUCUGCUAAUGGAAAUACAACAAUUGAUCAAGUAACCUAUGUUCCGGUGAAUACAAAUGGUUGGAAUUACCAAUAUAAAACAUUUGAAUCCGUAGAUUUACAAGAUAAUAGACUUUAUUUCGAUCUUCAACGUCCAACUGGUACAGGAAUAUUGUAUAUAGCAUUAGAUGAAAUAUCCAUUGAAGAAGGACGUUGUACUGACGAUUUAUCCUCAUCAUCGACACAAUCUAAUACUGAUACGACGGAAUCUCCUGUAAUUUUUACAGGAACAACAAUCGAUGAGACAAUGACCACUGCAAUCCUUGCUACUGACGAGUAA